AGAAUUUUAUUUUAUUUUAUUGCUUAACAACAAGUUUGAUGUAUGAGAUUCAUAGAUGAUAUCCAUGAAAAGUUAGUGACUUUCUAUUAUUCGUAUAUAUUAGUGAGUUUAUAUAGUUGAAGACUGAUUAUAUACAAUUUAAUAGUCUUAGGUUUAUGUUAUUUUGGCACAUUGUUUAUGAAUUAGCUUUAGGCAAAUUUCAGUCAGUUACUAAUUAACUUUAGUAGUUUUGACUUAUGAGUUUAGCUUAUUGUGAACGUGAACCUCUCUUUCAAUCAUUCAUUUGUAGUCAUCGCCUUAUACCAUACGAAUAGCAGGACGCAAACGGUGUCACUAUUACAAGGAUUUUUGUCUUUCUAUGACAAAAUAAGUUUGAGUUUUCUUUUUCUUGUGCUAAACAUGCUAUUAUGAAGAUGUGUACUUCUAAAUGAUUUUACAUAUGUAAACUUUAUAUUUUGAUUUUGAUUUUGAUUAUCAAAUUGUUUUUACUAAUUUAACAUUUGUUGAUAAAACAACUUUUUAUAUUAGAAUGUCUAUGCACAGUCCAUUGGGAUAAAAAAAUAAGUUACAAAGUAAAAUUUAUUUCAUUCGAUCUCGAUUGUGUUUUGUUGUCUUUCUAUAUUUAUGUACAAUUUCUUUAUUUAGGUUCAAUUUGUUUUAUUUUAGAGAUCAAACGUAAUUCUUGAAUUUCUUACAUACUCAUCAUCUCUAAAUUUAAAUAAGAAUAGGAUAAACCCCAUGAACUUCAUAAAUGCAAGUGCCGGUGCUGUAUAACUAUUUCUAUGACAAUUAUGUCAUUAACUUAUUAUUCACGGAUUCAACUUGUGUUCACGUGCCAUAAACUGUGAAAUUCAUAUUUACAAAUUAGUACAUUUGAAGCUGCUGGAAAAGAAAAUCAGGAGACGACUCUUUUUUUUUUCCUAAACAAAGACACAAAGUACACGACUCUUCUUCAUCUACAGACAAUGUACAUUAACAUUAUUACAUUACUAUAUAUUUAUUUUUAUUUAGUUUUCAAAGCAAUUAUUUUAAAGCUGUAAAGGCUAUUAUUAAUUUUUCCAAUGUUUCAAUAUUUUUUAUUAACUUGGGGCGGCAGAUAGUUGGGUAAGACAAUCAUGGACUCAUUCACCAUUUGAUGAGAAGUUUCACUCUUGGAACGUGAAUCAACUAACACUUCCAUGCUUUUUAUAAGUCUAUCUUUCUCAGUGUUGAAAUAUUUUGGAAUAACUAUUUAUCUUCAUAAGUAUUUGAGAUUUUGUACGUUUAAGUAUGUUAAUUGUAUUUAUAAAUUCUGAAAACUAUUAGGGUAUGGACGUUUCCACACUCAUUAUCAUAUUAUAUGCAAUAGAAUCUAUCACGCGUUAAUAAUUUAAAUUAUUUGCCUCAAAAUUAGUUAAAAUAGCACAUAGUUUAGGAAUAUGUUACCUAAUCCGUGAAGAUUGAAUGCAUUGAUCAUCAGAAUAAUCCUAUAUAUUAGAAGAAUAGACUCUAAUCGGAAAAUAAUAUAUUUCUAUUGGCUCCGCUCAUGAUUCACUUAAAUUUUCUGGUGCCAGUUAGAAAAUGGUACCUAUAAAUAAGGAAGUAUAUAUAUGAUACUCUGAUUAUAUAGAAACCAUUAAACAAUAUAUAUACGAUAUGAUCAAAAUACUAUUUUUUUUUGGUUAGUAAAAACGAUCUAAGCCAUGUAUUGCGUGUUAAGAACUAGGUCAUCACAAUGCUUCCUCACAAUCCAAAGCAUGUGCAUUGUGUUGUUACUAUUAUCGACUAGUGGAAAAGUUUCUGCAGGUUUAAAUUACGGAGAAGCUCUCACAAAGAGUCUUUUGUAUUUUGAAGCUCAACGCUCUGGAAAAUUGCCAUCAGACCAAAGAGUUCAAUGGAGAGGAGAUUCUGCACCUGGAGACGGUUCUGAUGUUCAUAUUGAUCUCAGUGGAGGGUAUUAUGAUGCUGGAGACAACAUGAAGUUUGGAUUCCCAUUGGCGUUCACCACAACGAUGCUAGCUUGGGGCAGCGUAGAGAUGGCAUCUCAGUUCCAAGCCCACAACGAGCAUCAAAACGUCCUUAUGGCUCUUAAAUGGGCCACUGACUAUCUCAUUAAAGCUCAUCCAGAGCCCAAUGUACUUUACGGACAGGUGGGAGAUGGUAAGUUAGACCAUGCCUGCUGGAUGAGACCAGAAGACAUGAACACUUCACAUCCACGUCCAUCAUACCGCAUUGAUGCUCAACAUCCAGGUGCUGACCUGGCAGCCGAGACAGCUGCGGCUAUGGCUGCAGCUUCUCUAGCAUUUGCUCCGUCUGAUGCAGCCUACGCCAACACACUCAUUAGUCACGCCAAAGAUCUAUUUGAAUUCGGUAAAAAUCAUCCCGGGGUCUAUCAUGACUCCAUUACUAACGCGGCUGGCUUUUACUCGAGUAGUGGCCAUGAAGAUGAGUUGUUAUGGGCUGCAGCUUGGCUUCACCGGGCCACCGGAGACCAGAUGUAUCUCGAUUAUUUAACACAAGCUUCUAAUAGCGGAGGUGUGAGGUCUGCUUUCUCUUGGGACGAUAAGUUCGUUGGGGCACAAGUAUUGGCAGCCAAGCUUGUGUUUGAAGGGAAGGUGAAGAACGAAGGGAAGAUGGCAGAGUACAAAAGUAUGGCGGAGCACUUUAUCUGCAACUGUGCUCAAAAGGGUUAUAGCAACGUUAAGAAAACUCCAGGAGGUUUGCUUUGGUUCUUGCCAUGGGAAAACCUCCAAUACACAGCUACUGCUUCUUUCGUCUUAUCAAGUUAUAGUAAAUACCUUGAGGCUGCACAAGCUUCCGUCCAGUGCCCCAAUGGUGUUCUUCAAGCUUUUGAUCUUCUCAGCCUCGCUCGGGCUCAGGUAGACUACAUACUUGGGUCAAACCCCAAGAGCAUGAGCUACAUGGUUGGAUUCGGGACCAAUUAUCCUAAUAGACCACACCAUAGAGGAUCCUCUAUAGUGUCAAUCAAGAAAGAUUCUAAACUGAAGGCAUGCAAUGAAGGGUGGUACCCUUGGUACAACACUCAUGAACCGAACCCUAAUGUUUUGGUUGGAGCUAUUGUAGGUGGACCGGAUGUGAACGAUGUUUACCAAGAUGAACGAUCUGAUUAUCAGCACAACGAGCCCGACACUGUCACAGUUGCUCCUUUUGUUGGUGUUUUUGCUGCCCUCGCAUGAUCUCAAAUAAUUACACCUAUAUGUGUUCGUUUUCAUCAUUUACUGUCUGAGGACCUUAUUUCUCCUAGACGCUCCGAGUAAUUAUUUUCUUUUUCUUGUGUAAGUGUAGAAACAAGGUCAAACUUGAUUUUAUAAUUAAUAACUUGAUUUAGUGGGACACUGAUCA